UUAAGCUACUGUACCAGACAGAAAUAACGAGCCUGACCCAUGAUGACUAGAUAUAUUGCGUGGAUUUUGUCCCUUCCCAUCGCCGUGCAAUGCGGCGACAUUUUGUGGACUGGCAUCUUUAAUUCUUCUGCAAUAGUUGCUGACUUUGACAAAUGGUCCUGGUCAAACCAGAUUGCACCCUGGCAGUGGUACAUUCACGGCACUGGAAGCACCGGUGAAUAUCUCGAGCUCUCACCAGAUUUCAAGAACCCAGUCGAUACCAGCGAUGCUCAAGGUAUCCGGAUCUCUAUUGACGGAACGUCCUUUUGGAAUGGCCAGACCAUGGAGCGGAGCGAGAUCAUCCCUCAAACGUCCGAGAAUUUGGGUACCGGGCGCCUGUUCUAUCACUUCUCGUUGAUGACCAGCACCACCAAUCCUCCCAAUCCCAAAUUUGAACACCAAAUCGCGUUCUUCGAGAGCCACUUCACCGAGUUAAAGUACGGCCUGCUUAGCGGCGACUCGGCCAGUGAAGACAAUACACUGCGCUGGUGUGUUAGCGGAAUAACAAAAUGGUCCACGCAGCUUGAAGCCGGCAACUGGUAUAACUUCGCAUAUGAUAUUGACUUCGAUGCAAAAACUGUGUCGCUGUGGGCAAGUAACGGCUCCGAUCCAUUGAGUGCCGUCGUCACGGGUGUCAGCGUAUCGACUUCGACCAACUCUGCAGAUUGGCAUGUUGGAGAGCUACGACUAAACAAUGGAGGUACUGACGCCGCUGCCGAAGACUGGUUCUGGUCGGGUAUCUAUGUGGAAAACGCUCCAAUUACAGCCACAAUUGCGGGUCCACUUGCGGGCCAGUCGGAAUGA